UAGAAGCUUACUGUUGCUGUCUAUGCCUUCUCUUCUCUCGCCACAUUGUCUUAAACAAAGACCUACCCACAUGUUUUAUCUCAUAAAUUUAGCUGCUUUUUCUAUGUCUAUAUGCAUAUGCAUUGAUCUUUCUCCUUUAUUUUUUCCCAUCUAAUCUCUGUUGUUGUUGUUAUUAUUUUUUUCUCAUUUAUUUGCAUGCUCCAAAAACCACACACAAAAACAGCACUCCCUGCAACUAACUUUGCUUGUUCAUUAUUAUUUUUUUUUUGCAUGUUAUAUGACCCAUUAUCGCUCUCAUCAUUCCUUCAUGAUCUCUUCUAGUGGGUUUCUUCAGUUUUGAUUUAAUUGGGGUCGUUUGAGCUUUGAUGGGUCCUAUAAGAGGGUACAAAAAGAGGAAAAAGAUAGAUAAAAGGACCGAAGAGAAUGGUUCUGGUUCUGGGUCUGCAGAGAAGGAAGGGCCUGUGGAUUGGUGGGACGAGUUCUCCAAGAGGAUUAAUGGUUUUCAAUCUCCAUCAAAGAGUUUGGACAAGUUUGAACAAGUUUUCAGGAUUACUAGAAAAACCUUUAAUUACAUUUGUUCGCUUGUGGAGGAAGAUAUGACUGCUAAGUCAAGGGAAUUCAUGUUUCUAAACGGCAAGGUUUUAUCUUUGCAUGAUCAGGUAGCUGUAGCUUUAAGAAGGCUGGGUUCUGGUGAUUCACUAGUGACAGUUGCUGAUUCAUUUGGGUUGAACCACUCAACUGUCUCCCAAGUAACCUGGCGUUUUGUAGAGGCUAUGGAAGAGAAAGGGCUUCAACACCUAAAAUGGCCUUCUAGUGAAUCAGAAAUGGCAGAAAUCAAAUCUAAGUUUGAGAAAAUACAAGGUCUCCCUAAUUGUUGUGGUGUGGCUGAAACAACUCACAUUAUGAUGCUGUUGUCUUCCUCAGACCCCUCGAGUAAUGUGUGGCAUGAUCAUGAGAAAAAUCACAGUAUGAUCUUGCAGGCAGUUGUAGACCCUGAGAUGAGGUUCCUAGACAUCGUCACUGGAUGGCCCGGAAAAAUGCAAGAUUGGGUCGUGUUUCAAAGUUCAAACUUCCAUGAACUUUGUGAAAGAGGAGAAAGGUUGAAUGGGAAAAAACUACAGCUCUCUGAAGGUACAGAAAUACGGGAAUAUAUAAUUGGAGAUUCCGGCUUUCCUCUGCUGCCAUAUCUUAUUGUUCCAUAUGAGGAGAAAGAACUGUCAGAACCGAAAGCUGAGUUCAACAAAUGGCUUUCUGCAACUCAGACGGUAGCCCAAAGAGCAUUAGCAAGGUUGAAGGAGAUGUGGAGAAUCAUUCACGGAGUAAUGUGGAGACCUGACAAACAUAGGUUGCCUAGGAUUAUUCUAGUCUGCUGCUUGCUCCAUAACAUAAUCAUUGAUUUGGAAGAUGAGGCACAAGGUGAUAUUCCUUUGUCUCAUGAGCAUGAUCCAGACUAUCAACAACAGAUUUGUGAAUUCGUCGACAUAAAAGUUACUCCCUCAAGGAAAAAGAUACAAGCCUCAAUAGUGAGUCCAUAUCCCAGUGCAGUGCCUCAGUUCACCCGUGAAGAAAUGUUUCACAGGAUCUGAACAUGGUGUCAAACCAUUAGAUGGUGCAGGCUUAGCAAGAUGGGCAUGUUUCCCCUUUUCCUCUGUUCAGUUUAGUGCCUUAGAGAGUCCCAUGCUUCAGCCUCCAUUUGCCAUUGCAGUUGCAGUUGCUGUUGGGGACAUUGUGGAUUCCUUCUCUGCAGCUGAGGACAAAAUGCUCCAUGUGUGAAAAAUCAGCAAGGUCAUUGGCGUCAAACAAUAAAUACAUCAAGGACAGGACAUACUACAACCAUCAGGUACUCAAGGGAAAUGCUUAGGGAUCAAGGAAAAAUAUAGCCCAAUUAUGGUGUACGUCCUUCACCAGGUUACAAGGAUAACAAUGGGUCAGGUAUUUAUUUAUUUACUAUUAUUAUUUUGUAAAUUAACCAUGUUUUAACAUAAGGUUGGGUUACUAUUCCAACAAAGGUUUUUGUAUAAAAUCUGCAUAGUAAGGCCCCAUUUAGCUUUAAAGGGAGUGUAGAAGCCUGUUCACUCACAGAAAACUGGAGCAGUUUUCCGAAAGAAUUUCUUAGAAAAUUAAAAAAUAGAGUUUUGUGUUCAUGAAUACUAUUAGUUUUUCAAGUGGAGGACUAGAACAUUUUUUCAGUUUCUCAAUAUUUA